AACAUUAGGACUUUGUCCUGGCAAGGCUCAAUUUUCAGAAAGCUUUUAGUUGGUCUGUACUGCCUGGUUUAAAUAGCCAAACACCUGCUGAGCAAGCCUGUGAGUGGUUGUGUGUGCUUCUUCACUGGGGCUUUGCAGGGCGGGAGCACAAAGACAAUGAUUGUUACCCACUAAGCCAGAGUCACAUACUUCUACCAAUCGCCUUAGGAAGCCUGGUUACCAUGGAAUCCACCAUCUGUUCACUCCCCGCUGCCGGAAUGUGAUUAUCCUUUCCCGGACUGGGAACGUAGGGUUAGCAGGGGAGCCUGUGUGGUGUGAGAUGAUCUGCACGGCUAUUGGGAGGCUCCAUUUGGCUCACUGGAAGAACAAAUGAAGGGAGUUGUUCUCCAGCUGUUUGUGACGUGUAACCACAAGGAAUAAAUCAGCUUUUUUAAGGCAUCAAUACCUGUCCAAAGGUCAGUCCACCUUGUACAACAAGCAACACAACCACAGAGGCUCAGGGAAUAAAUGGGAGGACACCAGCAAAACGCUCAGCUGCAAGUCCAAAGCCACAAGUGCCUCCAAAGCCAUUACAUCUACAGAAUUCACCUUUAUCCCAUACACUCCAAGUCCCCAGGCUUAAAGCUUUACCCAGCGCAAAACCAAGGAUGGAGGAGUCUAAUCUGGCCCCUACUUCUUGUGCCUCAAAAGGAAAACCUAGCAAGGUAUCGGAUCUCAUCAGUCACUUUGAAGGAGGCAGUGUUUUGUCAAGUUACAUUGAUUUACAAAAAGAUUCUACUGUGAACCUAAAUACUCCUCAAACUCCAGGACAUCAUGGAUUGAAUUCCAUACCUACACGAAAAUUCCUGUGCCAACAUUCUCCACAGAAGCAGGAAAAUGAUACAGAUCAGACUCAGGACCAACAUAGUUGUUUGGCCAAUGGUGUGGUGGCAGCACAAAGCCAGAUGGAAUGUAAAGAUGAGAAAGAGAAUGCUCUUAGCCCAGAGACUUCCAUUCAAACUGCUGCAGCCUCUCUUGACACACACUGGGUAAAUGGAGAAAGAAAUGAAAUCACCACAGAUUCUGUGUCAUCCAUGACCAAUAGCCAUGAUGAAAAUGCUUCUGACAGCAACAGCAGGACUCCAGCUGCUGAUUUAGGGCCUCCCCCAAAAGGAGGAGAGCUAGGAAUGGAAACUGAGCUACAAGAGAGGGAAAACAGAGGGAGCACCUUAGAACUGGACAUGAUGGACCAGCACCAUGAAAUGAAGGAGACUAAUGAACAGAAACUUCACAAAAUAGCCAGUGAACUUUUGCUUACAGAAAGAGCUUAUGUCAGCCGGCUCAACCUCUUAGAUCAGGUAUUUUAUUGCAAACUAUUAGAAGAAGCAAACCGAGGCUCGUUUCCUGCAGAGAUGGUGAAUAAAAUCUUUUCUAACAUUUCAUCAAUAAAUGCCUUCCAUAGUAAAUUCCUAUUACCAGAGCUGGAGAAGCGCAUGCAAGAAUGGGAAACUACUCCCAGAAUUGGAGAUAUCCUGCAAAAGUUGGCACCAUUCCUUAAGAUGUACGGAGAAUAUGUAAAGGGAUUUGAUAAUGCAGUGGAACUGGUUAAAACCAUGACAGAGCGCGUUCCCCAGUUCAAAUCCGUGACUGAAGAGAUUCAGAAACAGAAAAUCUGUGGAAACUUAACCCUGCAGCACCAUAUGCUGGAGCCCAUUCAGCGGAUCCCUCGCUAUGAGAUGCUCCUGAAAGACUACCUGAAGAAGCUGUCUCCGGACUCCCCAGACUGGAAUGAUGCAAAAAAGUCACUUGAAAUUAUAUCUACAGCAGCAAGCCAUUCUAAUAGUGCAAUAAGAAAAAUGGAGAACCUGAAGAAACUCUUAGAGAUUUAUGAGAUGUUGGGAGAAGAAGAAGAUAUUGUAAAUCCCUCAAAUGAACUAAUAAAAGAAGGACAAAUCCUUAAACUAGCAGCUCGGAACACAUCAGCACAAGAGCGCUACCUCUUCUUAUUCAACAACAUGUUGCUGUAUUGUGUACCCAGAUUCAGCUUGGUGGGUUCAAAAUUCACAGUUCGAACCAGAGUUGGCAUUGAUGGAAUGAAAAUUGUGGAGACUCACAAUGAAGAAUAUCCACAUACUUUCCAAGUGUCUGGGAAAGAAAGAACUCUGGAGCUUCAGGCCAGUUCUGAGCAAGACAAAGAAGAAUGGAUCAAGGCCCUUCAAGACAGUAUUGAUGCUUUUAAUCAAAGGCAUGAAACCUUCAGAAAUGCAAUUGCAAAGGAUAAUGACAUUCCCCUAGAAGUUUCUACUGCAGAGCUAGGCAAAAGAGCUCCAAGAUGGAUACGGGAUAAUGAAGUAACAAUGUGCAUGAAGUGCAAAGAGUCCUUCAACGCACUGACAAGAAGGCGGCAUCACUGCCGAGCCUGUGGACAUGUGGUUUGUUGGAAAUGUUCUGACUACAAAGCUCAGCUUGAGUAUGAUGGUGGAAGAUUGAACAAAGUUUGUAAAGACUGUUAUCAGAUAAUAAGUGGAUUCACAGACAGUGAAGAAAAGAAAAAAAAGGGGAUUUUAGAGAUUGAGUCAGCAGAAGUAUCAGGAAAUAGUGAGGUAUGCAGUUUUCUCCAGUACAUGGAGAAGUCAAAACCUUGGCAGAAAAUAUGGUGUGUGAUCCCCAAGCAAGACCCCCUUGUGCUGUACAUGUAUGGUGCUCCUCAGGAUGUCAGAGCCCAGGCGACCAUACCACUCCUGGGCUACAUUGUGGAUGACAUGCCUAAGAGUGCAGAUCUGCCACACAGUUUCCGACUGACUCAGUCCAAGUCUGUGCACAGCUUUGCUGCAGACACUGAGGAACUGAAACAGAAAUGGCUGAAAAUCAUCCUUCUAGCUGUCACAGGAGAGACACCAGAUGGCCCACGUGAGCAUCUAGACACUUUAAACAAUCUCCCUGGACCAAAAAAAAAGUCAGAAUGCUAAACUCCAGCAGCUGCCAGUGUGGAGAUUCUGGUAAGACAAAUAGCUCAAGAUAUUGCCAGCUCCUUCCUUGUCUUAUAGCACUUUACAUUGAGAAAUAUGGUUUAAUAAAUAUACCUGUCAGAAACUUUUUUUCAUGUUUGCAUACUCUUUGUAAAAUCAGUGUGCAGAGCCAUUCUACUGUUGAAGUUCUGAAAUAACAUGGAAGAUGGAACAUUUUUGAUAAGCUAUUCCUUAACUAUAUAUACUUUGUUCAAGGCUCAAGGGGGAAAAUGUAAGUUGACGGUCUCACUACCUGGUUAUAAUGGGCCUUUCAUUUAAGAAAUCCUUCAGUGUCUUGUUCACGGACUUGCAAUGGUGUGAAAGAUAUACCUCCCAUGUAACCAAAAUAAAUCUGUGGUAAAAAGUCUAGAGACAGUUUAGAGUAUUGUAUGAGCUUGUCUAGUUUGUAAGUCUCAUGCUACAUAAAUGGUUUCUGUUCUUAAUACAAUACAAAAAAAUAAAAGUUGCUGCUGUCAUACUAUUUUACUUUAUAUAAUGCUUGUUUUUGUAGAAUUACCCUAAUAAUAAAAUAUCUAAAAUAUAAAUCAGUUUAUGUACAUAUAGUUUGGAAAAUCAAUAUGAACAACAUGAGCUUUUCUCUUCAGCUUGAUGUUCAUUUUCACUCUGGUUCAUUUUUUAAAUAUAAAACCUAUUUUAUCUCUGAACUCAGCAGUGUUCUAAACUUAAGAAAAAUUUUGGUAAUUUAUGUUGAACUUAUUGGAAUCCAAGUGUAUUAAUAUUUUUAUAGUAAAAAGCAGUGAUUUAUGUGGUGUGGGAUAUAGUUUGAAUUCCAACAGUAUUUUAGAGUACUAUUUUUUUGUUCUGUACCUAUUUAAAGCAGUGCCUCUCUUAGAAGGUGCUAUUAAUACUUAUUUAGAUAAACAAUGAGAGUUUAGUUAAUAUUAACUAAACACUUAUUUUUUUUUUAUCGAAACAAAGUCAUUCUGUAUUUAUGACUUAAAACAGUGGUUCCCUUUUUUAAAAAAAUAUGGAACGCUUCACGAAUUUGCGUGUCAUCCUUGCGCAGGGGCCAUGCUAAUCUUCUCUGUAUCGUUCCAAUUUUAGUAUAUGUGCUGCCGAAGCGAGCACCUAAACACUUAUUUUUAACUACCCUGAUUUUUCUCAAUUUAAGUGCACUUUGGUCACUGAGAUUAAAAAUUGAUUAUUUUACAUUUUACAAUAACAUAAUUGUCUUAGUAACUUAACAUCAGCAUGAACAAAAAUGUUUCCUAAAACUUGAACAGUAUAAAACAUCUGAGCCAGGUGGUGGUGGCACACGCCUGUAAUCCGAGCACUUGGGAGGCAGAGGCAGGUGGAUCUCUGUGAGUUCAAGGCCAGCCUGCUCUACAAAGGGAGUUCAGGACAGUGAAGACUACAAAGAGAAACCCUAUCUCAAAAAUAAAUAAAUAAAUAAAUAAAAAUAAAAAAAUAAAAAGACAUCUGUCCUUAUACAGACCUAGGGUAUGUGGAAGACAUUUUUUUUAAUGUUUAAUGUUUUCCUUUCUGUAAGACUAUUAGGAGUGCUUAAAUGAGGACUACGUAUAAUGAACACUUAAGAUGACUGUGAACUUUGCUUUUGUCAGUUACAAAACAGGUCUUUCGUAUGCCAGCUUAUCUGGGAGAAGAGAGUUACUAGAUAGAUAGUAAAGGAAAUUUAUGUGUAAUCAUUCACUAGAAAAGUGAUCUGAAACCAGUAUUUCAGAUUCAAUAAUGGCAUGUUUCCAGGAGAUGUGAAUAAUCAAAGAAAGUGCAGAAUUAUUCUCCCUUUUUAUAUCCCAAGUGGACUUUCAGAUGAACUUUGAGCUUGUGACUAAAAUUUCAUGUUUUAACAUAAUACUUUCUCAUAUUGGAGUUUUUCUUACUUUUCCAUUCUCCAAACAUUACCACUUUUACUGCACUGUUUAUUUGGGAUCCAUAAGAAUGUCUCCAACUGCACACAGUCUUCAAGUCUGCAUUGAGAUGUAGAGUAUAGUACUCAGAAUUUGAGACCAUCACACAUUUAUACAACUCAUGAUGCAUAAGAAGUGUCUCUUGUUUUUCCCUGUUCCAAAGGAACAAGGGAACCAAUGAGAGUCCCUGCCUCAUGAAAUACCAGAUAUGAACAUUAACAUUAAAUCAUCUGUUUAGAGCCACUAAUGGCAGAAACAAAAAAGGCUAACUCAUUAUUCCCUACUAUAUGAAGGCUAAAUAAAAAGAAAUUGUGUGUUGUUUCUCUCUUCUAGUUGUCAAUACUGAUGCUGUGUCUGGGUGGGAGAAAGAGACAGGUGUGCAGGAUGCCUGUUGACAAAAUUGAACAAUUCCUGUACACCUUAUUUUUCAUAUUUCAAGAAAAAAGAAGCAGUUAAAUAUAGAAUGACUACAUCAGAAUAAAGAUGACUUUUGUAAACAUGAAUGGAAUAAUGAUUGGGAUAUCCCACUUAGAUGAUUUUCAUCAGAUUAUUUAAAAAAAAAAAACCCUAUUUGAUCAGCAACAAGAGUACAUGUUUGCCUACCAGCAAAUUCUCAAAUAGAAGUAAUGUGGAUAGAUAUUCAGUAUUGUAAAACUUAGAUUAUUGAAAGGAUACUAAUAAAAAGGAUGUUAGCAUGUUCUUAUUGUCAUAAAAUAAGGAAUGUUAGUGGCAGAAGAGGAUUUGUCCACCUUUACCUGUGUCUCACUCUUAGCUAAGUGCAAACAGUGAGUAGCUUCCCUCCUCCCUGCCUCUCUCUCUCUCUCUCUCUCUCUCUCUCUCUGUCUGUCUCUCUCUCAUCAUUAAUAUUCUUAAUAGGAGAAAAAAGUAAUAGAAUAAUAUUAGUUACUUAUUAAAAACUCAAAUCUGGAGCUAAGGAAAAUUCUAUGCAAGAAUGAGAAACAGGUCAGUCAGAGUUCCAGAACCCACGUAACGACCAGGCAAACAUGGCCCAGUGCAGCAGAGGCAGGGACAGGAAAUCUUGGUCAGGCAUGCUAGUCAGAUGGCCAAAGCAGCAAGUAUAGGUACAGCAAAUAGCCUUGCCUCAAUACAUGAGGUAGAGAGGCACCAAGGAAGUCUCCUUACAUCAACCUCAGAUCUCUACACAUGUGCACAAUUUCCUAAAUAUAUGUGAACACACAUGCAUGGAUACUGUGCACAUACAUAUUCAAAAUAUUAAUUCAAGUAAACUCUAAUCCAAGAUGUUAUUAGAAUAAUUAACCUCUUGAGAUAACUGGGGUUUCAUGAGAAAUUGAGCCUGCAAAUAGCAUCAGUUGCUUUCCUGUUCAAAUAAAUGUUCUAUGUUGUUCUUAUUAUGCUGUACACUCUAAUUUUGUGCGUCCAAAAGUCAUCUUUAAGAAAAGUGUCCUUUCUUCAAACUUAAGAAAAUAUGUCUUUGAUAAAACUCUUACUCAUUAAAAGCAAACCAACUUUCAACUUAAUUGUUGCUUUUGUUGAAAGUCUACCAUUUAGUAAAUAUAAGAUGUGGUGCAUACUUUUAUCUUGAGUAUUAAAUAGAUUUCAAUAAUCAAAAAUGCCACUAGUCACUUUCGUAAUAAUGCCAAGCAAUAAAGAUCUCCAGGUAUGAGUUCAUGCUAAAAGUUUAAUAUGAAGACCCUAAGCCACAGCAUAUAAAGAAUCAACUUCCUAGAAGUGAUGUGAAAAGUCAAAUGGCUGAGCACAGGGAAAGGAAUGGAAGGUAUUGUUUUAAUGCUUCAGAUACUAUCAACUGUAUUUUAUUUUUACAAACGAUAUAUGCAGAUAGUGAAACAGUUAAUUUCCUCUGCUCUGUUUUAUCAGCUGUGUUGUGUUUUCUGUGAACUGAUUUCAACAUAAAUUCCAUGGUACUUCAUGGUUAUCAAAGAGCCACUGAAGCCUUCUAAAAACUUUUUCUCAGAAAUAUUCUGAAGUUCAUGAUGGUGUUUUUCCUCCUCUUUUUUGACAGAGAAGGUUUCCCUCCAAUUAUCUUCAGAUGUCAUUUGUUUAUCUCUCAAGCUUUAAGGUAUUCAGAGCAUAUUGUCUGCAGUGCACUGUUAAUCAUGAUCUGUCAUUGCAAGUAAACAAAUAAAUUUCUAGGAAGCACAGGUCUUCUUUGGGCAGUUAUCUCUGCUAGAAGGUAACUUUCCUACAUCAAAUGAUGUUCAUGAUAAUAGAUCCAAGAUAAGCACAUGAUAUUUAUAGCCUAAAAUUUGAAAGACAGGACUAUCGUAGUGUUUUCAGUUUUUAAUGUUGUAUUGUUCAAGAGUGAAUGAAUAUAAGAACUGUGGCUAACGAGUUCCUCUUGUUAGAAUUAUGUUAAUAUCUGUAGUGGAUCCUCCUAGUUCUUUAUUCUUAGUUUCAUUAGAAUCAAAUUGUUUUUAUUUUUCUAUAACUAUCAAACAAUAGGUUCACUAGACCGGAAAAAAAUGUUUUAAACCACUAUAUCUAUUUUAAAACCCUGCCUGUGACUUUAUAGCUAUAUGUGUAAGUGUAAAAAUUAUUAAUCAUCAAUUCUCACCAAAGGAACAAAAUGUAUGUAAAUUUAAGUUAAGUAUUAACAAAAAAUAUUCAUAUGUAUUUUUAAUGUUAUAAUUCAACCUUGCCAAGGCCCUGAAUCUUGCUAGGGUACAGGAAGAAACAAUUUUGCUUUUGUUACAGGUAUAUAGAGAGCACUGAGCUUAGCAACUGAAAUAAGGAAUAGAUAUAGAUGGGUAGAUGGACUACUGUCUCCUGGGUCCUGAAGUCCACAAGGAAAUAAAGUGGAAGGUAUCUAUGUACUCGUUUGUUAAUGGAAUCCUGUACCCAGGCUUUGACCAUGGCCUCUAAAUUAUAGCUGACACUAUCUUAUUAUUACUUUAUUUUUCCUUUAAUCUUUUAAAAAAUAAUUUCAUUCUAUAAAUCAUUUUCUUCUAAAGUUAACUUCUUAAGCUAAGGGCAUGGCCAAAUGCUGUGUGUUUUUUGUAUUCAAGAUUAAAUAACAAAUGGCUUCUACAAGAUGGUUAAUUUGUUGGGGGGGGGGCGGGUGAGGGUCGUCCUUUGUCCUAAAAUUCAUUGUGAUCAAUUUGGAAAAAAAAUCAAAUUUUAGUAUAUUUUAAUAAGUGAAUACUAAAUACAUAAAGUAAAGACAGGUUUGGAAACAAACAGACCUUAGAGCCCAUUAUGAUGACAGAAUUGUUUUGUGUAUUACAGUAUAUGAGGACUCAUAUAUAUAAUAGAUAUCAUUAGCAUAUAAUCAUUUGUAUGUAAAAACAGGCUGGUAUUUCCUAUUUUAAGGGACAAUUAAGUGUUAUUAAAAAUUAUCUUGAUUUUUCUUUUGACUUGUUGACCAAGUUUGAAAAGGCAUAUCAGAAUUUUAUAGUUGACUCUAAUGUGAAAAAAAUAAAACAUCCCUAUUUUCCAGUGGUAUGAAUGUAUAAUACUUGGACAUAGUGUAUAUAUAGUAUAACAUCUGUAUAUUUGAUCAUAAAGGCCUUGAUAAUUGAAAGCCUUGUAAAAUUAAGUCCUUUAAUUCUUGUUAAAUAUGAAACAUUUGUAUCUUGUAAAUAAAGACAUCCUUAAAUUGGU